AUGGCAGCGGCUGCCAGCACUGAGUUCCUUCUGUGCCUCUCCUUUCUGCACCUGCUGUUCGGCUGGUCCGGGGCAGGGCGGGCCGACACACACUGUCUUUGCUAUGACUUCAUCAUCACUCCUAAGUUCAGACCUGAACCACGAUGGUGUGAAGUUCAAGGCCUGGUGGAUGAAAGGCCUUUUCUUCACUAUGACUGUGUUAACCACAAGGCCAAAGCCUUUGCUUCUCUGGGGAAGAAAGUCAAUGUCACAAAAACCUGGGAAAAACAAACUGAAACACUAGGAGACGUGGUGGAUUUCCUCAAAGGACAACUGCCUGACAUUCAGGUGGAGAAUUUAAUACACAUUGAGCCCCUCAUUCUGCAGGCCCGGAUGUCUUGUGAGCACGAAGCCCAUGGACACGGCAGAGGAUCUUGGCAGUUCCUCUUCAAUGGACAGACGUUCCUCCUCUUUGACUCAAACAACAGAAAGUGGACAGCACUUCAUCCUGGAGCCAAGAAGAUGAAAGAGAAGUGGGAGAACAGGGAUGUGACCAUGUUCUUCCAGAAGAUUUCAAUGGGGGACUGUAAGACAUGGCUUCAGGAAUUUUUGAUGUACUGGGAACAAAUGCUGGAUCCAACAAAACCACCCUCUCUGGCCCAAGGCACAACCCACUCCAAAGCCAUGGCCACCACCCUCAUUCCCUGGAGCCUCCUUAUCAUCCUCCUCUGCUUCAUUCUAGCUGGCUGCUGUGGAGAGUUGUUUAGAUUGACAGAGAAAGCAGCUCGGGUCCCAGCAGUUAAGGUGGAAAGUGAAGAGUGGAGCAUGUCCGGACUGAGGUUCAGAAAAGGCCAGGCCCCUUGGACCCAUGGGAUUCCUGGCCGGGUCCUGGGGCGAUGCUCCUGCCAUUCUGCCUCCUUCACACUCCAGAUCCUGAGCCAGCUGAUGGCCCUGCCUGGAGCAGAGUGGACUCAGGCAGGGGAGCUGAGCUGCUGCUGGAGUUCCAUGCUCACCACUGAACUUGGUCAGGAAUGA